AUGUUUUCCUCUUCCCUCUCCCGCCGUCUCCAUGGCAUCUUCAACCAUUCUCGUUCCCCCACAUCCAGAUUCAACAAAUCUAACCCCUCGCUUCCUUCUUCAGCUACCCAAAAAUGCAACAAAUCCACCGCCGCAACUCCUCUCACCGCCGAAGAACAUCUUCAAAACAUCGUUGACAAGUUCAUUAAGAACACCGAGUCCCAACGAUUCCGCCACCAGAAAGGCACUUAUGAUUCCACAGUUCGCCUUCUUGCUGUCCGUAAAAAAUUUUCCCUGAUUGAAGAUAUUAUAGAAGCCCAGAAGAAGUAUGAGGAUAUUAAAGUAGAAGGUUUUGCGACCCGCCUCAUUAAGCUGUAUGGGAAAGCGGGCAUGUUCUCUCAUGCGCGCAAGUUGUUCGAUGAAUUGCCCGAACUAAAUUGCGAGCGGACUGUUAAGUCUUUUAAUUCCCUUUUGGCUUCUUGUGUUAAGUCCAAGGAGUUAGAUCAAGUUGAAAAGAUUUUUAGGGAGGUACCGCAGGAAGUUUCGAUAAAAGCAGAUGUGAUAUCGUAUAAUAUUGUUAUCAAUGCUUUCUGCGAGAUGGACGCUUUGGAUAAAGCCAUCUUGUUCUUCCAUGACAUGGAGAAGAAUGGAAUGGAGCCAAAUUUGGUUACAUUCAAUACGCUUUUAACUGCACUCUAUAGAAAGGGUCAGUUCUUUGAUGGAGAAAGGGUGUGGGCUACGAUGGAAAACAAGAACAUUGCUCCUGAUCUAGUAAGUUACAAUGCGAGGCUGCGAGGAAUGGUUCUGGAGAAGAGAAUUCAAGAUGGGAUUGAGUUGCUAGCUAAAAUGGAGGAGAAGGAAAUUAAGCCAGAUGUGUACAGUUACAAUAUUUUGAUUAAGGGCUUUUGUCAAGAUGGGGAUUUGGAGGAAGCCAAAAAAUGGUAUUACAAAUUGAAGGAGAGUGAAGUUGAUCCAAUUGCAACGACUUACAGGAUACUUCUCCCCUUGCUUUGCGAGCAAGGUGAUUUUGAUUCUGGACUUCAGCUGUGCAAGGAGGCCAUUGAUAAAGGAUUCGUUUUUCAUACAGCGGAGGUGCAGCGUGUGGUUAAUGGAUUGGCUGAAGUUUCCAAGAUUGAAGAAGCAAAGGACCUUGUGGAGCUCUACAAUUCUAAGAAUAAUUUAAAAUUCAAAUUGAAAUUGCCUCAGAACAGCACUUGA